UUAUGCCAAGUAUGUGAGGAGCCGACGAGGGCCCGCGGCGGUCAUGGUGGGCCGCCGUCGCCGUCCCCGCGCUGGCGACUGGCCGGGCUGCUGAGGCGGAGGGGAUGGCGGAGCCCCUGAGGAGGACGCUGUGCAGGCUCCGGGAGAAGCGCACCACCGGGGGGCCCCGGGCCGCCUCGUUCGCGUCGCCUCGCGAGCCCGCGGGCCCGCGCCUGGAGCAGCCUGCGCCGGCUCCCAGAGCGCGGGGUCCCGAGGAGCAGCCGGGGGCGCGGGUGCCGCAGGAGGCCGCAGACCCCGGCUGCGCUCCUCGCCACGUAGGCGCGGGCUCCGAGGGCAGCGGGGAGGACGAGGACGAAGAGGACGCCGACUACUACGAGAACAUGCCCGCCGGCUGCGCUCCCGAGGGGGCGGGGGCGCGGCGGCCGGCAUGGCCUGUCCGGGCGGCGGGCUCCUUCCCGGGGGCGGAGGGCGGCCGGAGGGAGACCGGCCGGCUACAGACCCAGUUGCGGGAGGCCUACUAUCUGCUGAUCCAGGCCAUGCACGACCUGCCCCCUGACUCGGGCACGCGGCGGGGCGGCCCCGUGAGAGCCCGGGCUCGGGGCCAGCCUCCUCCUGUUCCCCGCAGCCCGCGGGGCCGGGAGCCGGGCGCCGGGGCCCGCCCUCCGCAGCAGGUGUCCCCGCCCCGGUCGCCUCCGAGGGAGCCCGGGGGCGGGCGGCCGCUCAGUCCGCAGAGGCUACUGUCCCGCAGCUGGAGCCUCGAGAGCCUCCGCGUGCGCGCCCAGCCGCCGGGGCUCCAGCGGUGGCCGAGCGACAGCUGGAUCCGGUGCGGGGCGCACGGGGACCCGGACGAGCCCCCGCCACGUGGAGGCAGGAUGGACGUCUGGAGCGGGGGCUGCGGUCGGGGUGCAUCGUCCGCCGCUCUCCUGCCCGGCGGCUGCCGGUACCCUAGCCACCUCUCGGGAAGCGGCUUCAGGGCCGCCACGGGGCCCUCGGGGACACGCAGCAGCAAAGAGGACCGCGCCGAGGGGCUGCGCUUCCUCCAGCCGCCCGCGGUGACGGUCAGGAAGUUGCAGAAGUGGAUGUACAAAGGACGCCUGCUGUCCCUGGGGAUAAAGGGUCGCGCCCAGGGGACGGCACCCGGCAUCCGCGGAGCGCAGGCAACCUCUCCAAAUUUGGACUCUUGGAAAGUGCACAAAAACCACGGCCUCCCAGUGACUCCGGACCCGAGGAUCACCUUGACAGACUUAUUUGAAAACGUCUGUGAGUCUUCAGUGAAGAAGAGAGAACAUGAAGAUCCAAAGGGCAGCACUGAGCCCCAUAAACUGCUUAACAGCAUCACUGUUUCAAAGAAACGCAACUGGUUAUAUCAGAGUACUCUCAGAUCUCAGAGUCUGGAAGACAACAAGAAAUGUCAGGAUCGAAGUCAUUUCUCCAUCUCCGCUGUGUCUCCACCCAAAUAUCAGCUAUCACAGCCUUUCUGCAAAUCUCCUGAUGAACACUGUACCCACAUGGUGUGUAAUGCUACUAACUUCUCAUUGUCAAGAAAUUGUUCUUUAGACUUUAGUGAGGAAAAUGAUGCUGAUGACGAAGGAGAAAUAUGGUACAACCCCAUCCCUGAGGAUGAUGACCUUGACGUAUCGGGUGCUUUGAGGUUUGAAGAGGCAAACUCUACUGCUCUGAGUGCCAGCCUGCUGUCUGCUAGAGACCUGAUGAAAGCAGAGCCCUAUAUGGACUUGCUGCCUGCCCAGCGCAUGGGUGAUGUUCAGACUGCCCAGUCAAGUGGAAUGAAUUCCAUAGAUGCCAUCCAUUCUACAGAAGUUCUGCAGCAGUACAAGCAGGCCUUAAGACACAAGACACAAGAAGGUAUAAUGGUAGAGGACAGUCCCGUGUUGAAAUCUGCUUUUUCAGGUCCUGGGAUUUUAGCUUCUACAAAUAGGACUGAAUUUGGAGCUAUGGAGCCAUCUUCUCCAAGCCCUAGCUCUUUGAAAAAAGGCAGUUCAAUUAACUGGUCUUUGCCAGAUAAAAUAAAAUCUCCACGCACUGUGAGGAAAUUAUCCAUGAAAAUGAAAAGAUUGCCAGAAUUGAGCAGAAAACUGAGCGCCAGGGGAGCCUCACAAUAUAUAAACAAUCCAGAUAACACUCCUUCUUUAUCUAAAUGUAGCUGUCAAGAAAUUCCUCACACUGUUAUUCUACCUUCUGGGAACCCAACCACAGCUGCUAAGAGGAACGUCAUAAGCCGGUACCACCUUGAUACCACUGUGUCUUCUCAGCACACCUACCAGAAGAAAACUGCCGAGAGCUCCAAGUAUUCCUGCAAAGGUGGUUACCUCAGUGACGGAGACUCGCCUGAACUUCUCACUAAAUCUAGCAAGCAUGGUUCCGAACACAGAUUUGGAAAAGGAAAAGAAAUCAUUCCAAACAUUUGUAGCAAAAAUGAAAUAGACAUAGAUGCCUUUAGACAUUACAGCUUUUCUGAUCAGCCCAAAUGCUCACAGUUCAUAUCCGGGCUCAUGAGUGUACAUUUCUAUGGUGCAGAGGAUUUAAAACCACCCCGGUUAGACUCCAAAGAUGUCUUUUGUGCAAUUCAGGUAGACUCCGUAAACAAAGCAAGAACAGCUUUGCUCACAUGUCGGACAACAUUUUUAGACAUGGACCACACUUUCAACAUAGAAAUUGAAAAUGCACAGCAUUUGAAACUGGUGGUGUUCAGUUGGGAGCCCACGCCAAGGAAAAACCGAGUGUGCUGUCAUGGGACGGUUGUGCUUCCCACUUUAUUCAGAGUGACCAGGACGCAUCAGCUGGCUGUGAAACUUGAACCCAGAGGUCUUAUUUAUGUGAAAGUGACUCUAAUAGAACAGUGGGAGAAUUCUCUUCAUGGCUUAGAUAAAAACCAAGAAUCAGUAAUAUUUGGUGUUGACAUUCAAAAAGUUGUAGAAAAAGAAAAUGUAGGCUUGAUGGUACCACUGCUGAUACAGAAAUGUAUCAUGGAAAUUGAAAAGAGGGGUUGUCAGGUAAUAGGCCUGUAUCGAUUAUGCGGUUCAGCAGCAGUCAAGAAAGAACUUCGAGAAGCUUUUGAGAAGGAUAGCAAAACUGUUGGUCUGUGUGAAAACAAGUACCCAGACAUAAAUGUAAUAACAGGUGUUCUUAAGGAUUAUUUACGAGAACUUCCUUCUCCUUUGAUAACAAAGCAGCUGUAUGAGGCUGUAUUAGAUGCAAUGGUAAAAAGUCCUUUGAAAAUGUCAUCGAAUGGCUGUGAGAAUGAAUCCAGUGACUCCAAGUUGACUGUUGACCUGCUGAAUUGUCUGCCUGAUGUUGAGAAGGCAACCCUAAAGAUGUUGUUGGAUCAUUUGAAAUUGGUAGCUUCGUACCAUGAAGUAAAUAAGAUGACCUGCCAGAAUUUGGCUGUGUGCUUUGGACCAGUGUUGCUAAAUCACAGGCAAGAGACUUUGACCCACAACAACAGGGUCUUCACCGAUUCUGAGGAACUUGCAAGUGCUUUGGAUUUUAAAAAGCAUAUUGAAGUUCUUCAUUAUUUACUCCAACUCUGGCCAGUGCAGCAUUUAACUGUCAAAGCAUCAACAGACGAUUUGUUCCCAGAGCUGUCAUCUUCUCUGAAUUAUUUGAGGCGAAAGAAAGAUCGACCAUCUGAGUUAAAUCUGAGUAGCUCUGAUUCAUCAGGAGUACUUAGGCCAAGGCAGAGCAGGUUAGACAGUCCCCUUAGUAAUCGCUAUGCAGGAGACUGGAGCAGCUGUGGAGAAAACUACUUUUUAACUACAAAAGAAAAUCUAACAGAUGUGGAUUAUGAUGAAGUACCUUCAGAAGAUGGAGAAAAUAGAGAUUAUUCCAAAAUGGAUAGACCAGGAAUCAUGAUUGAGCAGCAAAUCCCCAUGUCCAGGGACUGCACGUUUCAGACGUACUUGACAAUGGGGACAAUUGAGUCUACAGUGGAUCGGAGAGCUAACCUCAAAGAGCUUCAGGACAGUAUCGAUACUUUGAUUGGCAACCUGGAACGUGAGCUUAACAAAAACAAGCUUAAUAUGAGUGUGUGAGAUGGAGAGGGAGUUUGUUUGAUAUGUGAUAAUGUUGUGAAGUUUAGGUCAGUCUUUCUUACUUUCUUGUACUUCUCAUGAUGUCUUUAUUUUUAUUUUUUUACUGCUGAAACCUUAAGUUAACUUCUAAUAUGUUCAUAUGAUUUAAUUAAAAACUAUUAGUAUUCUUUACUUCAUUAGAACCUUUUCUAGGGGGUAAAAUUAACUUGGACUUCUUGAAAUACUUUAAUAAACCUUGUCAGUUCCAUGGGGGGAACUUUCAAGUACACUUGUAAAGGUCAGAUAAGUCAUUAUCUCCUCGAGGCUUAGGUAGCUGUGAGGACUGCUCUUCUGUAGCUGGGACAGAUGCUCCUUAUAGAGGACAUAGAGCUGGUCAGGCUGAUUUGCAGCAGGAGUCCUUCCAUGCUGCAGGUCAUUUGGUCACGUUUCAUUUGCAAUACAAAUGCUGCUAUUUAAAACCUUUUUUAUUAAUGUAAAAUUAUACAGAUAUUAAAGUAUUCUGUAUUAACAUUCAGUAAUUAUUUAAACUUGUAACAAUUAAAUAUUUUUAUGAUCCUGAAAAUAUGUAUAUAUUUGGAAGUGCAUAUGUGUAUACGUUUUAGUAUGAGGGCAGGGGUUAACUGUACAAUCCCAUGUAUUUUUAAAAUUAUACUAUUUAAUGAGGCCAAAAUUAUUAGCUUACACGUGUCUUUUUCAGGAAAACAUUGAAGAUAAAGGUGAAGUCACAUGAAACCAUUUUACUGAAAAUACUCUGAAAGUAUCUGAUAGAAGCAGUAGCUUCCUCUCUGCUUCAGAGACAGUCCCCCAUGAAAAGUUAUAUUUCAGGUUGAAGCCCUUUAGCUUCUUAGGGGAUCAAACGAGCAGAUACCUAUCUCGUGACUUAUAAAAACCAAAAAAGCUUCACCUGUUCUAUGCAUUUUUGUAUUCUGUGAUGCUUUAUUUGUUAGUAGUACACCUAAAAUGUUGACUUUAUAAUUGCCCUUACUUGUUUCUAAAGAAAUCAUCUUGCCAGGAUACUACAUGUUAUGAGUUUUUUAAAAUUUACUUAUUUGGCUAAGUAUAUCUACAGAAUAGUUAUUCUAGCAGUCACAACAGUGUUUGAAAAUGUAAAUUUAGAAGGCUUUUAAAAUUGUUACUUUCAAAAAAGGUUUUAUACUUACAGAAUGUAUAAUUUAAAAAAUACAAAUAAAACUUGAAUUACCAAGUUUGGGAUGUAGCAGCCAUUCAAAACUGGUUUCUUAAUGUUUUUCUAAAUACUAAGGUAUUUAAUUUACUCAUUUCUAUGUAGUAUACAUUGGUAAUCAGAGUACCCAGUUUUUUUGAUCUGAAAGCCUACUAGUACAAAGAGGAAAUAACUAUUUUUACAUGAAACUUGAUAAUUUUUUGAAAAUGUUGUGUAAUUUUAAGCAUCAGGUGUAUGUCAUAAGUCAAAUUAUUUUUUCCCUUUUUAAAUUGAAUUUUUGUGAGUUUCACAUAGUAUAUUUUGAUAGUAUUUAGAUUCCUUCCCAUAAUGGCAGAAUAAAACUGUUUUUAAAUGUUUUGUAAGGGGAUUAUCUUUGUUUGCUUCCUUUGGUUUACCAUGUCACAUAUAUUGUAUAAAUUGGACUAGUGGUUCCAGAAAUGUACAUUUUAUUAAAAUAAUAUA